UCACUAAGUGUGCAGCAAUGAGUUUAAUCAGAGGGCUGUUUGCCAUUUUUUAUCAUCUACCGCGGAUUUAUAAAUGGUUUUUUAAGCCAUAUUAUUUCCUUUCAUUGCUUUUGACACUGGCCUUUCCUUUAGUGCGUUGCUGUCCGGGACUGUGCGAACAUUUACCGUCUCAAAGAGAGGACGGCAACUCAUGCGCCUUUGACUGGAGAGAGGUUGAGAUUCUAAUGUUUCUCAGUGCAAUUGUGAUGAUGAAGAAUCGAAGAGCCAUAACUCUGGAGCAACAUAUAGGGACUAUAUUUCUUUUCAGUAAGGUUGCUAAUGUGGUGCUGUUCUUCAGAGUGGACCUGAGACUCGGUCUUCUCUACCUCACGCUGUGUGUGGUGUUUAUGAUUGCAUGUAAACCACCAAUCUACAUGGGUCCUGAGUACAUCAAAUACUUCAGUGACACAACCAUAGACGAAGAACUACAGAGAGAUGGUCGAGUGACAUGGAUUGUAGAGUUUUAUGCCAACUGGUCUCCAGAGUGCCAGUCAUUUUCCCCAAUAUUUGCUGAAUUGUCACUUAAGUAUAACUGUGCAGGCCUCCAAUUUGGAAAAGUGGACAUUGGACGAUAUGGAGCAGUUGCAGAAAGGUAUAAGGUAAACCCGUCCCCCCUCUCCAAGCAGUUGCCCUCUCUAUUGCUAUUGCAGGGUGGACGUGAAGUCAUACGACGCCCCCAAGUGGACAAGAAAGGAAGGGCCCUCGCAUGGAGUUUCACAGAGGAAAACAUCAUUCGAGAGUUCAAACUAAAUGAGAUUUUCCAAAAAUGUAAGAAACACAGCAAGGGAGAGAAAACAGAGGAACUAAAGACACUUCUGCAGGAGAGUACUGAUGGAGGGGAACCAGUCCCUCAAGAUGGGACGGAGGAACCGGAGAGCAAAAAAGACAAAUAAGAAAAAGACAGUGGAAGUGUGAGGAUCAUCAAAAUGUGCUGAACUUUCAAACACAUGUGUCUUACACACAUAAAAAUGUGAAUGUAAUUUCUAAGUAUAUUGUAAUAUUUGAGAAGCGUUAGUUAUGCAUUCUGUUUGGCUUUCGUAACUUUUAGUAUCACCCAUUUUCUUCAUUUUUUCAUAAAUUAGCUGCUGUCAUUGACCAAGAUUGGUCAAAUGAGUAGUUACCCAGAAAAUAAAUAUUUGUCUAAAUUUAGUUUUUGAAAAUUACUUUGUCUGGAAUUCUGAUGACAUAUUUGUUUCACAGUCUGAGCUCUAGUGCUUGUAAAAGGUUCCUUUCUUCCUCCAUGGGGAAAACAAUAAUUUAAUGUUAUUAAUAUGUGAUGAAACAACUGACGCUGUGUUUCAUGCCCAACUGAAUACCUGUGUCAUUGACUCUUGGUGUCCAGCUGAACAUAACACCUGAUCUGAUAAUGCAGAUGUACCUGGAGACAUUUGAAAAGCAAUGUAGCAGAUAUAGUUUCUUCUAGUCUCCUUUCCAAGGCAGCUUCUUAGUGUGAUCCCAUCUCUUUUAGUCUCGUCUUAUGAAAACAGGCAGAUAUUUGUCAUUCUCUCUCUGAGGUUUUUUAUUUGCACUUGCAGGCUUCUCCUGUUUGCCUCUGAUGCUGUGGGAGAGGUGCCUGGAAUAAGUGUUCAAAUACUGUAGCAUUACAGCAUGAUGACAGACAGUGUCCUCCUGGCACGUCUGAGGAUAUAGAAACAGAUUGAGGCUGACACCAAAGACCUUCACUUGGCAAAUGGCUGGCACUGCCUGCUGUGCGAAGCAGAGUAUGUAUCCAUGACACUUGGCUUUGCUGUUGGAAUUUAACUGGACUCGGAAAAACAGCAGAGAAAAUGUGUCAGUCUUACAAUGACGCAACAUUCCCAUGUCAUCCAGGUCUACCUCUGGAAGAUCAGAAGGAAUGUGAGAGUGAAUUUAUCCCAUUUAGAUAAAACUAGAGCAAUUUGUCUAUUUUUUCUUUCAUUACAUAUUACAGGCCAAACUCCAUUACGCUCAAUACAAAUAAGAAAACUGUUUUUCUCCCUAUCCAUCACACUGACAAAUAAAAGUCUAGACAUCAAGGUCGUUUCAUAUCAAGGUUGUGAUAAGUCCUGGUGUGGGCUUCAGGUUUACCUGCUUCCGUCACUAUGUGUGCACUGACAGACAUUAUCAGAUCAGCCAUAGCCGGGAGUCUUAAUGUCAUUUUGCCAACAGUUCCAGUGAAAAGGGCUACAGAUGAAUCUCAGUAAUGAGCCAUGUGCUCCAAACAGCAGGAUUCCUGUACAGUCUCCUGUUCAAGCUGUGACCGUGAACAUGCUUUACUUUGCCACCCAAACAAGGGCAACAGGGUAAGUGCGCUGCCCCGAUUUAAAAGAGUAAUAUUUACAUUUAUGAAUAUUUAUUUAGCAAGAAACAAACAAUUAUGCAUUCUCAAAUCAGCACUGUAUUCCUAAUACUUGUAUCAACCAUGGCCCAUGUAUACAAUUCAUAUACUGUACCAUACACUAUACACUGAAAAAAUAAUUCUUGAUAAAUGCUAACAUUUUUAAAAGGCAGGUGCAACACCUGACACUGAGCAUCUCUCUUUCAGAUUUUCUUGGAAUAAAUGGAAUGCUGUCUCUAAGGCACUGCCUUGAGGUUGUCAGAUUGUCAUGUUGUUUAAUUCUAGAAAUAGCUGUGAGGAGGAGUUAAGAAGAGGCAAGUGGGAUUUACCGUGUUUAUAUGAAAAUUCAGAAAAAAGCUUUUGGAUCCCAACCCGUUAUGAUUCUUAUGCAUGGAAAAUGUAGAUUUCAUCCUUUGCUGUUGGUAUUUAAAGAUACAACCCACUCAGUGAUUUUAGGGUUGCUGUGUUUGGCGCCAUCUGAUGGCUAGUUGAACUGCAACACGACGAAUUCUAAAUGAGCAAACAAAUCUAAAACGUAGGCGUGCCUUAGAUUUUAAUUUGACAUUUAUUUAGAUUUUCUAAAUAAUAGUCUUCUGGAUUAUGUUGUAUUUUGCAACAUAAAAAUAUGAUAUUGUUUCAGUACUGAAUAUACAGAUUUAUUUUGUCUCAUAUUUACAUUUCUCCAUGAUGACCAAUAACAUUAAAUGUUUAUAAACCUUACAGUUGUGAAAGAAAUUGGUUAGGCCUAUGUCCCUGUCUGUAGUCAGAACCGUUGACAUAUUGCUGUUGUAUUCAUUUGUUGUAAAAAUAAAGUAAUUCUUUCUUUUAAAACUUUACUUGCCACUCUGCUUGAUCAAUAGAAAGAAAGCGAUUAAAUAUAGAUGAUUUAAUUAGAGAAGAGAGCCAUUAUCUCUUAAAAUGGUACAGCUUUUUUGAGAUUUUAGGUAAAGCUUUUGUUAAUGUAUAUGUUUCUAUAUCUAAUGUGAAAGAGUAUAAAAACAAUAUAAUGUAUACACUGUGUAAGUAUGCUAGUACGUUCUGUGGUUCUGUCUGUUUCUUUCCACACAUCAAAGCUAAGUUAACCCCGCCUCUGCUGUGCCGGUGGGAGUGUUC